AUGGUGUACGAACCCGCCUCCCCUUCCUCCGCAGCGGCUAGCCUACUCGACGCUACGGUUCCCGAACCGCCCCCGUCCUACGCCGACGUUGAGGCCGAGUCCUCCGCCGCCGGCCCGUCGACGGGUGGCGAAUCGUGGCCUGCCGCCCUCACGCCCCUCUUUACUGGUCCACCGAAUGCCGAGCCCCUCAUCUCGCAUGACCGCGCUGCCGCGCUGCCCGAGAUCCCAACAGCCAAUUUCGUCGGCCGCUUCGAGACGGCCGAUCCGCGUCUGCAAAACCCCAACGCAUUGUAUGACUUCCUUCGCGCCAAGGCCCUCACGGCGCCGACAGUCAACGUCCGCGCCGCCGCUUCCCACUGGGAGACUUCUCAGCGCACGCAGCUCGUCGUAGAGCGCGGUGUGCCCCGCCAAGUUCAAGCGGGACAGCGCUUCCGCGUCACCGACUUUGACUUCACUAUCGACAUGAGCAAGGCCGUCGCGCACGAGUCCAACUCGGCCAAUAUCUCCCUCUUCACGCUACCUACCUCGAUCCCCGCCCGCCGUGGAACUAUGGGCCGCACUUUCGGCGCGUCCGUCGCGCCGUUUCCCGGCUCCCGUGCCGUGGGCCGCACCCCUUCCCGUGCAGAGAGGGCGCAGUGGGACGCGUACGCCAAGUUUCGGUACGAGCGGGGUCGCGCACCGUGGAGUGACAUUGCGGGCGACGACGAAUUCUGGGCCGGGUAUAACCGUAAUGGACAGGGGAUUGCGCUAGGAGGUCGCGAAGACGAGGAGGCUCUCCUCUCAUCUCACCAUGGCGAAAGCGAGACGGCACUGCGUGCAUGGUGCGAUGCGUACACGGCUGACCCGGGACCUCUGAAGUCGUUCAAGCUCACCAAGACCGUGUAUGGAUGGGACAUUGCGGCGCUGCGUAAAGCCAUCAUGGGCGCGAUCCACUCGACCGGCUACAUUGCCGAGGACGACCAGAGCGUUGUUGUCGACAUCACCGUCGCAGACGGCGACAUCAUUGUGCGCCCACCCAACCUCUGCUCGAAGUACUACUACGGCUGGGGAGUGGGCCACAUGAUCAUGAUGCUGCUGUUCUGGUGGGCCGUGCCCCUCAUCUGGCUCUGGCAGAGGCUAGAUCCCCGCGCCGGUGGGCCGUACGAAGUCACGGUGGCGGCGUACGGCAUGAAGGUGUACCCGCCGCUCCCGAACACGUUCAAGAAUGAGUCAGUCGGGCAGGCGCAGCACCGCCUCGCAUCGCUGUUCAAGACGCACCCCGAGAUCCCAGCCAACCCCCGCCUUCAGCGCGGGCCAAAGGGGGUGCAUUACCUCCUUGGGGAACGGGAAGGCCAGUGGUUCCGUGAGUGGGAGGAGCGGAUCCGUAUGGCAGUGCGCAUGCGCCACGUCGGCGAGCUCGAGAAUCCUCGCGUAAUCGAUGAUGGGAUGGAGGGACCUGAGCUUGAUGGGUACACCGAGUAG